AGUGGGCAGGAUAUAUUGUGAUAGCGACAGAUGUCUUGCAAACUGUAAAUAUAAGAGGAGGGGUACUUCUAAAAAAAAAAAAAAAAAACGCACAGUCCUAGAUUGUUCCUCAGGGAGUAAGCAGGACUGAGUGCAGCUGUCAUUCGCUAGCUUUCUACUCACUCAGUUCGUGCUCAACCUUGCAGGGGAGUAGAGCAUACCUCCGACUCUCACUACCGUUGAGGAUUCAAGGUUUCUUCUCCGCAGAUAACCAGGAGACACCAUGGGAGCAAGGUUUAGCAGGAGGAAGAAGGGAUACGAGGUCGGCGACACCCCAGCCGACCAGGCGGAGGCCGUAGUUGGCGGAGUUCUGGAGGCGACAACUGAAGCUGCCAAUAAAGUCUCUGCUCAAGUCACGGAGGGAGCCGCCACAGCAACGCAAGAGGUUUCCUCAACGCUGGAAGCCACAGCGGAGGCAGCCGUAGGGGUGGUAAAGGAGGCCAUCGCUGCUGUCUCCGAGGGAGCGAAGGCAGAGGAGGCUGUCGCAGAAAGUCAGGAGGUCGCCCAAGAGGUUGUGAGCGCUGCGCUGCCAGAUGUUCCGGUACCCUCGGCGGAGAUUACAAACGUGGUGGCGGAGGCUGAGCCAGCCGCCGAGGCUCCGGCAGAACCAGCGCCUGAGGAAGAACCCGCCGCAGCCGAGGAGCCCGCGGCCCCGGAGGCUGCCGCAGAACCUGAGCCAGCCGAAGCAGAACCUGCCGCUCCAGAACCCGCCGCAGAAACCGAGGCCGAACCCGCUGCUCCAGCCGCGCCCGAAGACGCAGACCCGCCCGCAGAAACCGCCCCUGGAUUACUGGCAGAAAUCGAAGCUGAGGUCACCUCCACGGCAGCCGCCGUUUCAGACUUGAUUUCCACUAGCGCCAGCGGGGCGGAGGAGGCUGCGGGGACCGAGGCGGAUGGAAGCGGAGCUCCGAGCGAAGACGCCGCGGUGGAGAACGGAGACUGUGAAAUCCCCGACUCCUGCGCUGGGCCUGCCGCUGCACUGGAGCAGAGCGGCGAGUCUCAGGAACAAGUGCCGCAGCCAGCUGUGGACCAGCUCGCUGAAGAAUGCCUCAACGGAAUUGGCCUGCCCCCCGUGGAGCAAACUGACUGUGAAUUAAAGAAGGACUGCGAGCUCCCUGAAGCCAUCGGUGAGCUGGGUGAAGCCGUAAGUGGUGCCGUGAAUCAGGUUGUUGACCUAGUGUGAAAACUAAUGUAAACAUUCAUUUCAUGACAACACAUAUAUUUUAAGAAAACAACACAGGCUUCUGAAAAUAAAUGUUGAAAUGCCUGUUAUGGUAACUCAGGCCAAGGAAAUUCUGGUUAACCAAAAAGAAUUACAACCACUGAAAUGAAAAGAGAAGGAACUUUGAUAAGAGUGUUUGAACCCUAUAUCCUUUAUGAGAGAGGCAGGCAGUGUUUGCAGUGUGUGGUGUGGAAGACCAGAUGGGUUUGAGAGAUGCCUACUGAAAACACAAACAAAAAAACUGGACAGCAGAACACAUCCAGGAUAAUAACAUUGAAAAUGACAAAUGGAAUGAAUAGUCUUGUAUUUGUGUGUCAGCCUGUUGAAUAUUAAAAAAGGUUUAUUGGAUUAGUAUUAAAUAGUAUAUAAUCUAAUUUAGACUUUGACAUAUUCUUCCCUUAACUCUGUAAAAAAUGUAAAAAAAAAAAAAAAUGUAAAAAAAAAAAAAAAAAUGAGGAAACUGAAAUUUUCACCU